UGCCUUCGCGACAGUGACGCCUCUGCUCCCCUCCCUUCCCCGCGCUGCUGCCCUCUCGCUGUCUCGCACCUUCCUUCUCCUUCUAGAACCUUCCGCCUCCGCUCCUCGUCCUUGUCCGUGCGCGCCGCCGCCGCCGGAGAUGGCGACGAUGGAGAACGUGAUCGUGCUCGUGAACCGCAUCCAGCGCGCCUGCACCGUCCUCGGGGACCACGGCGGCGGCGACGGCACCGCCUCGCUCCCCACCCUCUGGGAGGCGCUCCCUUCCGUCGCCGUCGUCGGUGGCCAGAGUUCCGGCAAGUCAUCGGUGCUGGAGAGCAUCGUUGGGCGCGACUUCCUGCCUCGAGGAUCAGGGAUCGUGACGAGACGGCCGCUGGUUCUGCAGCUCCACAAGACGGAGGAUGGGGUGCAGGAGUACGCUGAGUUCCUGCAUAUGCCCAAACGCCGGUUCACCGAUUUUUCUCUUGUGCGGAAUGAAAUCCAAGAUGAAACUGAUAGGCUGACAGGGAAGACUAAACAGAUAUCUCCUGUUCCAAUUCAUCUCAGCAUUUACUCGCCACAUGUGGUCAACUUGACAUUGAUUGAUCUUCCGGGUCUAACCAAAGUUGCAGUAGAAGGACAACCUGAAAGCAUUGUCCAGGAUAUUGAAAGUAUGGUGCGCUCAUAUGUUGACAAGCCAAACUGCAUCAUACUUGCUAUAUCUCCUGCCAAUCAAGAUAUAGCAACAUCCGAUGCUAUUAAACUUGCUCGAGACGUUGAUCCAACUGGUGAAAGGACAUUUGGUGUGUUGACUAAGCUUGAUUUGAUGGACAAGGGAACAAAUGCACUUGACGUUCUUGAAGGAAGAUCUUACAGACUGCAGCAUCCAUGGGUCGGGAUUGUUAACCGUUCACAAGCAGAUAUCAACAAGAAUGUUGACAUGAUUAUUGCCAGGAGAAAAGAACAGGAGUUCUUUGCUUCUAGUUCUGAAUAUUCUCAUUUAGCUAGCAGGAUGGGUUCAGAAUAUCUUGCCAAACUUCUUUCACAGCACUUAGAGGCUGUGAUCAGGGCACGGAUUCCAAGCAUAACAUCUCUGAUCAACAAAACUAUUGAUGAACUUGAAUCUGAGAUGGAUCACAUUGGUAGGCCUAUUGCAUCUGAUGCUGGGGCUCAACUAUACCUCGUAUUGGAGCUUUGCCGUGCAUUUGAGAAAAUAUUUAGAGAACAUCUUGAUGGAGGACGUCCUGGAGGCGAUCGAAUUUAUGGUGUCUUUGAUAACCAACUCCCUUCUGCUCUGCGAAAGCUUCCAUUUGACCGUUACCUCUCUCUGCAAAAUGUUAAGCGGGUUGUAUCAGAAGCUGAUGGUUAUCAACCUCAUUUAAUCGCUCCUGAGCAAGGGUACCGUCGACUGAUUGAGUCUGCUCUCAAUUAUUUUAGAGGGCCAGCUGAAGCUUCUGUAGAUGCUGUGCAUCAUGUUUUGAAAGAGCUGGUAAGGAAAUCCAUCGGUGAGACUCAGGAACUGAGAAGGUUUCCCACUCUUCAAGCGGAGCUUGCUGCUGCAUGCUUUCACGCCCUAGAGAGAUUCCGUGAAGAUGGCCGCAAAACCACUGUGAGACUGGUUGAUAUGGAGUCAACAUACUUGACUGUGGAAUUCUUCCGCAAGCUUCCACAGGAAGUUGACAAGACUGGAACUGGAAACCCUUCCACUCCUUCUGUUGAUCGUUACGCUGACGCACACUUCAGGAGGAUUGCUUCUAAUGUAUCUGCAUACAUUGCAAUGGUAUCUGAUACAUUGAAGAAUACUAUCCCCAAAGCUGUCGUUCAUUGUCAAGUCCGGGAAGCUAAGCGGUCCUUGCUUAACUAUUUCUAUACCCAAGUGGGCAGCAAAGAUGCUAAAGAGCUUGCGCGACUCCUCGAUGAGGAUCCUGCUCUUAUGGAGCGAAGGCAGCAAUGCUUUAAGAGGCUUGAGUUAUACAAGUCUGCCAGGGAUGAGAUCGAUGCCGUGUCAUGGUCGCGGUAAAGGUAAUAUUCUGUUAGUUAAGCGCCAUGCUUUUAUGAGGAGAAAUAGGCUUUGCAAUUUGAUAUGCAGAAUUAAUGGCCAGUUGAUCUGCACUUUUAUUGUUAAUCUUCGAUGAAUGAUCACUAAUCGUUGUGCUAUAUAUGAGUCCUGAUUGCUAUGUCUUUUCAUAGUAUGUAUGCAGACUUUUAAGCACAAGUAUGAAUGAAGUUCCGUCUGUUUA